GGGAGGGGAAAAGGAAGAAGUGUAAGCCCCGGAUUCAUCUUCAAGAGAAAAUAGGAAAGAGACCGCGUCCCACUUUUAUUUCGUUUUUAGGGGCACCUUUUCGUACAAUACGUAUUAGGGAGCCCGAGGAGCGGGCUGUGUCAUUGUCUGUAGGAUGUCCCGACAUGAAGGUGUGAGCUGUGACGCGUGUUUAAAAGGGAACUUCAGAGGGCGCCGAUACAAGUGUUUAAUUUGCUACGACUACGACCUGUGCGCGUCAUGCUAUGAGAGUGGAGCCACCACAACUAGACACACCACGGAGCACCCCAUGCAGUGCAUACUAACCAGGGUAGACUUUGACCUGUAUUAUGGUGGAGAAGCAUUUUCAGUAGAGCAGCCCCAGUCAUUCACUUGUCCCUACUGUGGCAAAAUGGGUUACACAGAAACGUCUCUACAGGAGCACGUCACCUCGGAACAUGCAGAGACUUCCACAGAGGUGAUCUGCCCAAUAUGUGCAGCUUUGCCUGGAGGUGACCCCAAUCAUGUGACGGACGACUUUGCUGCUCAUCUCACACUUGAACACAGAGCACCUAGAGAUUUAGAUGAGACAAGUGGCGUGCGGCAUGUGCGCCGGAUGUUCCACCCUGGGCGUGGGCUGGGCGGUCCGCGAGCACGCAGGACUAACAUGCACUUUACCAGCAGCUCCACUGGGGGGCUCUCCUCUUCACAAAGCUCGUCCUACUCUCCAAGCAAUAGGGAAGCCAUGGACCCCAUAGCAGAGCUGCUGUCACAGCUGUCAGGUGUGCGGCGCUCAGCAGGCGGCCAGCUUAACUCCUCGGGUCCAUCAGCAUCGCAGCUGCAGCAGUUGCAGAUGCAGCUGCAGCUUGAGCGGCAGCAGGCACAGGCGGCACGCCAGCAGCUGGAAACAGCACGCAAUGCCACACGCCAGCGCAGCAACCCCAGCAACAUCAACGCCAGCAUCCCACCGCCCAGCACCGCCACAAACACAGCCAUGACUGAGAGCAACCCACUGGCCUCACACAGCUCCCAGUUCCUCCUCACACGGCUGAAUGAGCCGAAGAUGUCGGAGGUGGAGCGUCAGGCUUUAGAGAGCGAGCGCGCUGACCGCAGCCUCUUCGUCCAGGAGUUGCUGUUGUCCACGCUGAUGCGCGAGGAAAGCUCAUCCUCAGACGAGGAUGAGCGGCGAGACUUCGCCGACUUUGGAGCCAUGGGCUGCGUGGACAUCAUGCCUUUGGACGUGGCGCUGGAGAGCCUGAACCUGAAGGAGAGCUCUGCUGGCAAAGAGCCUCCACCUCCUCCUCUUUGAUGAUAUCCCACCACGACGCAGACAAUGUCCUCUGUGCUGUAACUGCCAAUGACGGUGGGCAAACACACAGCUCUCUUUUUUUUUUUUUUUGUUUUGUUUUUUGUUUUGUUUUUAUUUUUUUGUUAUUUGUUUGGGUUUUUGUUUGUUUGUUUUUUGUUUUGUUUUUUGUUUUUUUUUUCUUGGUGAUUGUAAUUUUAGGUCUGUCACCUUUUGUUACAUUGUAAAAAACCAUAAAAAGGAGAGCAGAAGUGAGAGGAAAAUGUGUGAGAGAAUGAGUGAAAGAGAGUCAGUACAAGUGAGAG